GUGAGUGCUUCUCAUGUGAUUGUUUAAUUACUAGUGUUUCUCUCCCGUCAUAAACUUGUUUCGUACUAAUGACGCCUAUAGAAUACAUCUGACAAUGUCUAACGAUACUUCCAUCUCGACCAAAGAUGGUACCGAGGGUCAUCUUGAUACCUCUUUUCCAUUCAUUCGACUCCCUCCCGAACUCAGAAUCAAGAUUCAAGAAGCCACCAUUCGAAAUUUCCAGAGAGGUGCCCACUUCUUUUCAAUUUCCAAGGGCCCUAGAAGAAAUGGCCGCAUUAUCGGUCACUCUACUCUCGAUAUCGAGGAUGUCUAUGGGUUCGAUCUUACGGCGCCGAAAUCCCAAACCAGCCCGAGCUCCGCUCAAGAUUGGUUUGCGGGUAACCCAUCGGCGUAUGUCAAAGAUGUCGGUCUCUGGACAAUGUGCUGGGAAUCUCGCGACGUCAUAACUAAACGAUAUAAACGACUUGACGAACGUAUGAAUACAAAUUCGGGACCAAUCAAAAGAAGUCAAUUUGUUUCUUGUCAUUUCACACGGGAUAUGGAAGAAUGUCAGUUUAAGGUCUCACCAGCGCAAGAUCUCUUUUGCAUACAGCUAGACCGGGCUCGGGAUCCAUGUACAUGGUACAUAAUACCCUUUUAUAGGCUCCCAGGGAGUUUGAGUGUAACAAAACUCACGAAUACGGCGAUAGAAUACGAUACAAAUUGGUUGAUUCCAUGGGAAACUGGUAGUGUCGUGCCAUACUUGGAGAACAGCCCCCGGGGGUGUUUCAUCCGGACUCUCUGGGCAAUGGCAGAGGGGAAGAUGCCCCCUGGUUGCCAAUUUUGGAUCAUCGACCGUAACAUUCAGAGGAGAGACAAGCCAUGGGCCACGUUCAUGCAUUCCGAGGACGACACUACCGACGAACAAGAGAAGCCAAAGCCAUUGGUAUUCCAGGGCCUUAACAAGCGAUACGUCGAGGUGCGAGGCAUGGAAGAGUGCGAUUGGGACGCCUUGAGACAAAACACAGUGUUCCAUUUCCUCCACUGGCUCCAGAUUAAGGCAGGUUUUAAUGCUAACUGGAUGAUGAGGCAUCGCGGCCGGUUUGAGCGGAACAGACCGCCGCUUCAACACCGUGAUUUGGAUGAGAUGGUCAAGGUUCUGUGCGAGGAGGAGUUAUAGUGGCUUCUCAAGUAUAUGGGCUUCACACUUCUUCCUGGUUAUUCGUGUUUCUUGAUUUGCAUUUCUUUUCCGUUGAGAUCGGCAUCUUGGCUUUCUUUAUCGUGGUCAAGGAAUAUGUGUUGGGGUUGAACUGGCAUAUCUGGGGUCAAAUUCCGUUGUUCUUUUACUAUUUUUGUAUACUAGAUUAAUGAAUCAAUGAUAAGAGGAAUAGAAGAUGCAUAUUUGUUAUCAAGCAUUGAGCAUGCAGUUGUGUAUAGACGAAACCAUA